CAAUUUCAAUGCCAAUCGCGCGCGCGGUAGAAACAAUGCGCAAAACGAGGAGCGACCGGCGCAAGGCCUAUACACACCCGGACAGGGACGAGGACGGAGCGCGGAUGCGAAGAACAACCACAACAAUUCGUAAGUCUGCAUACCCACUCUGACCUUAGCACAGGGCGCGGGCGGACCGAUGGCGCCGUCACCAGGAGCAUACUACACCACCGCCAUCGUUGCGAUGCAUACCAGACGAGGGCCUCCGACGGCCGCUCGCGGCCUAUUCUAACAUGACUCUUAUAGGAACUCUUCUAAUACAAGCCACUUCGGCGUGUCGAGCACGCCAUCGUUUGCGCCCCACGAAUACCAGAAGCGACUACAACACAUUAAAGCGGAGCGCCCCAAGAUACGUGAAAAGUUCAUUCGUGACGGCUUGAUGAACCCAGAGGGCCAAAUGCGCCUGGUCGAUUCCGUCAAGCUGUACGGCUUAUGCCAGGAGAUGUGUCCGGAAUACGAGCGCGUGCGUCGCAUAGUCGAACUGGAUGUCAAGGCGCCAGAAUGUACACCCGAGACCCAACACCUACCGUCCCGUAGUCAACGCAUCGCAGACGAAUCGCGCAUGGUCAAGGCAUAUGCACGCUCGGCGGCAGGCAUGGACGUGGAGCUGGUCUCGGAGAUUCGGUCGCCGCCCACUUGCUUGAGAACCCUCAAAUACCUAUACGGACGCCUAGAUGAAGAUGACUUCCAAUUCCUUCACUCAUGGCUCUGGGACCGCACGCGAGCUAUUCGAAAAGAUCUCCGGACGCAACGCAUCGAAAACAGAGCCGACAUCGCCAUACUGCUCACUUCCCUCGAGUACAGCGCCCGUUUCUACAUGCUUUCGGCCCACCACAUGGCACGGAGUACAAAGGAUGAUUACUCGCAUCAACAAGACGUCGAGCAGCUGAACCAGACGCUGAUCUCACUUAAAGAGCGAUACGCCGAUAACCGACGGGCCAACAUCAUAUCAGAAUGCGAAGCCGAAUUCUGGGCAUACCGAUUGAUUCUAGCCCCCAUCUACGCCAGUACCCAGCUCGAGAACGAACUCCAUCGUCUGCCUAGCGACCUACGAAACAAUCCACGAGUGCAGACCGCUUUGGAGAUCUUCCGCCUCCUCAAAACCAUCAUCAUUCACAACAACUACAAGAGCUUCGUGCAGUGCCAGUCCAACUGGAAGCGAUUCUGGGAUCUGGUCAAGUCGCCAAGGGUGUCAUAUCUCAUGGCAUGUGCGGCCGCUAUAUCUUUUAAUAGGGUCCGCCACGUUGUGCUUGAUGUAGUAUGGCGUUGUUAUCGGGUCGGUCUGUACAGGCACCAAGUCCCUGUCGAGUUUUGGACAACGGACAAGCUGAGGGAAGUUCUUGGUAUGGACACCGAAAAAGAAGCCGUGGAGUUUUGUGAGGCGCACGGCUUCGUGUUCGAGGUCAACGAGGAAGGCCGCACUUUCAUGGACAUCAAGCAAAAGAACUUCAACCGAAAAGCUGACGUGCUUCCGAAAGCCGAUGUCAAGCCUCAGUUCUUCUCCGAAACGAUUGUCGAGGUAAAGCGAUGUGGCCGCCCAUUGUCAGCUGUUAUUGCAGGCUUGACCGUCCAGGAGGCCAAAAAGGGUGGCCUGUCUACUGCGCAAGCUCAGCAAAUGGAUGAUCAAUCUUCGCUGUUCGUUCCGGAGACGACCAACAUCUUCAAGCAACAGGCUAUGGAGACGAAAUCUUCCGUUGGCAACUUUGGCUACAACCCGGCCGCGUCUCCCUUCCAGCCUAAUGGCGCUUCUACAACAUCUCCAAAUCCGUUCGCGAAAGCAAUUCAGCCUGGCCUGUUUGAUCCUUCAAAGAAUGACAUCCAAUUCGCGCAGCCUGCGGAAGCGAAGCCCAACCCAUUCCUGCAAAAGAACGCCAAUCAAUGGCCUUCGGCAUCGCCUGUACCGUCAGCGAACCCUUUCCUGAAGAACAACACUGCGCAGUCGGAAUCUACACCACAGACUGCUGCAAACCCUUUUCUGAAGUUCAACAAUGCUGCGCACCCAGAGUCAACAACAUCAACGACCCCCGCGAACCCUUUCUUGAAGAACAAUGCCGUACAGCCUCAGUCUACGACACCUCCAACUCCUGCAAAUCCGUUCAUGUCCGGAUCGUUCGCACCCUCACAACCUAAACCUCAAACUCAACCAGAAGCUUCUGUCCCUGAACCCACAGUAUCAGCCCCUACAGCUACGCCCAGGCCUGCUUCCGCUUUCAACUUUACUGGAUCGUCAUUCAAUUCUACCCCUGCAAAUGGACUACGACAGGAAGGAUUUUCCUUCACUCCUGCUGGAUCACCACCGCCAGCUGAGACAUCUUCACAAGACGAGGAAACAAAGAAGGCGGAGCAGGCGAAACAGGAAGCUGCUGAGAAGCAACGAAAAGAGGACGAGGCACGCCAGCGCGUACGGGAAGCACAACAGGCAAAGCAGGCGAAAGAAGCAGAGCAGAGGCGACAGCAGGAGGCGGCAGAGGCUGCCGCUGCACAACAAAGACAAGCGCAGGCGGAGCGAGAGCGAAAGGCCCGCGAACAGCAAGAAGAGUUGGCACGACAGGCAAGGCAACGUAAACUACAAGAGGAGGAGGCGCGCGCAGCACGGAUACGGGAGAAGGACGCGGCGUUGCAUGCGCUCACGGCGGAUGUAAUGUUUAACCCACAGGAAGGAUUGAUAAUGCAGUUUGUCGAAAACGAUAUCAUGAACAUGGCCAGGGUGGCUAUGAUGACGGUAGAAAUGGAGAAGAGGGUAGCGAUGGUAGACCGGAAGUACGAAAAAUACUUGGAAGAGUUGAAGCGAGCGGGUUUGGCCAAGAUGAUGGCAGCGGCAGAGAAGAAGAGGCGGCUGCAAAAGGCACGGGAGAGGAGGAAACGAUUGAAGGAACAGCGAGCGAAGGUAGAGGUUGGGGGAGAAGAGCAACUUGCAGACACGCCUGCACCAGUACAACCGGCGAUCUCGAACGGCAAGGCGUCAACAGUGGUGCCACCAGAAGGACGAUCAUCUUUGAAGCAGUCUGUGGCUCCCCAGAACAGUCGGCGCGCCAAGCGAACCCAAGAGCGUCACCAGGCUCAAGCUUCCGAGACAAAUGGUGUGAGCCCGACUAAACCGGCACCAACGUUGGCCAACAACACAGCUCCUGAGGCCUCAUUCGACAAGAACACAAGCAACGCUAGCACAUCGAUUUCCGCGUACUCGCAGGCCUAUCAACAAGCAGUUGCAAAUGCACCCGUAGACCGAACCGAGACUGAUUGGUUCAGGCUACGAGCUAGAGGCAUCGAUCCAAGCAAGCACCGCAAGCGCAGUUUUGAUUUUGGCUCAUCGGACGAAGAAAAGCCAAAACUGAUCGAAUCAAAGCGACCUAAGCUAUCACCGGAUUCUCCUGCGCCAGAGCACCAGGAGCAGUCCGCACCGAAGACUAUGCUUGAGGAGCAGCGUGCUCGUGUCGAAGCCAUCAAGGAGUCUUUCAGAAGGUCAGCAUCCUCAGUAUCACCUACUCAGUCCUUCAACGGCGCAGUGUCUUUCAACGGACGGUCUUCGUUCAAUGAUUCGACAAGUAGUCUCAUUGCAAGGGCCCGGCAGACGCUAGCAAACUCAAAGGCCGAGAUGCCACCACCUUCCUUUACCCCUAGCAGGUCCGUGUAUCGAAGGGAAUCUUUUGACGGUAAUGCGAGCCAGCUCAUCGCACGAGCUAGGGGUCUCACAUCUGUCGCCGCCUCUGCGUCGAACGUCCAACACGACUGGAGUCGUAGUGUACCUAACCUUGGCCUCUCUGCAUCGCAAAGCCAGCACUCUACAUACGGUACAUCUACGUACGGCAAUACAUUCCGCACCAGCACCUCGACAAAGAGCCGUCCAGCGUACUGGGAUCGCACGAGCCGCUUCGUACCCCGCCAUCUCUACGGCCAGGGUGCGGAAGCCGUUCGUGCCUACAGGAUUGAACAGGGUCUUAGCAAAUCACCUGCCAGCACUCGACCUGCUAGUACAGAGCCUCUGGAUAUCUCUUCGCCGAUACCGACCCAGGUCUCGUACAAUCAACAGGCGAAGACACAGCCAAUGGGCUUCAAGCAAGAACAGUACACUGGUGAUUUCAUGUCAGCCAGCAAUUUCCAGGCCGUCAAUGGGGAUUCUCUACUAAUCGACAACGCCGUUAUGACUGAUCAAGAAGAUGAACUUGAGCCGUACAACAAUCACUUUGGUACUACGGACUCGUAUCCUGGUGCUCAGUAUACUACUUCUCUCUCCCAGCAGCAACAUGAGCAGAAGGAAGAAGAGUACUACGAUCAAGACGCAGAGCAAGACGCGGAUUCUGAGAUGCUCGAUGACGGCGAGGAAGAUGAAGAGUUGCUUGAUUAUGAUGAGGACUCUGAGCUUGACGAAGAGGAGGUUGAUGUGGACGAGCACGAGGUCGAGGAGGAGCUAGAGUCUUUUGAUGAGGAAGAUGAGGAUGACGAGGAUGAUGAGGAAGAAGAAGAAGAAGAAGAUGGCGGUAGUGAAGGUCUAGCCGGCAACGAGAAACCGGGGGCUACCGAGGACGACGCUAUUGAGUUGUCGGAUUAGACGUCCUGAUCCGUGUUGGGAAGUUUUUCAGAAGAAGGUCGAGGUUCGAUGGGGUUGUAUCAUAUAAAACACUUGUAUGCAUAGCGAGGGCGUUUUGUCUUUCUUUUCUUCCUUCUGGAAUAUCAUAUAUAGGGCAAGGCAUAGCAUGGAUUAUGGAUAUGGGGGGUAUGCAUGAUACCCAAUGGGCGGGCGAUAUAUUGUGGUGCGCGAAAAGCUGAAGUACCAGAUGGUGCGAGAACAUGUGUAAGAAUAUGAGAAGUUGUCUUGUGG